UUAUUAUUUUUCCAGAUUUGUUCCUUACCUUCCAUAAAAAUGUCCAAGCAACAGCCUGCUCAGUUUACCAAUCCAGAAACCCCUGGCUAUGUUGGAUUUGCAAACCUUCCCAAUCAGGUCCACCGGAAGUCUGUGAAAAAGGGGUUUGAAUUUACUCUGAUGGUGGUUGGUGAAUCUGGAUUGGGGAAGUCUACAUUAAUAAACAGCCUCUUCUUGACAGAUCUCUACCCAGAAAGGAUAAUCCCAGGAGCUGCUGAGAAGAUUGAACGCACUGUGCAGAUCGAAGCCUCGACAGUUGAAAUUGAAGAGAGAGGUGUGAAACUACGUCUGACGGUUGUAGAUACACCAGGGUACGGGGAUGCUAUCAACUGUCGAGACUGUUUUAAGACCAUAAUCUCUUACAUUGAUGAGCAGUUUGAGCGAUAUCUGCAUGAUGAGAGUGGUUUGAACAGAAGGCAUAUCAUAGAUAACCGGGUUCAUUGCUGCUUCUAUUUCAUUUCACCGUUUGGUCAUGGCCUUAAGCCUCUGGAUGUUGAGUUUAUGAAGGCCAUACACAACAAAGUAAAUAUUGUACCAGUGAUUGCAAAAGCUGAUACGCUUUCUCUGAAAGAGCGAGAAAGACUAAAGAAAAGGAUUCUGGAUGAAAUAGAAGAGCAUGGCAUCAAGAUUUAUCAUUUGCCUGAUGCUGAAUCAGAUGAGGAUGAAGAUUUUAAGGAGCAGACCAGACUCCUGAAGGCCAGCAUUCCAUUUUGUGUAGUGGGAUCCAAUCAGCUCAUUGAAGCCAAAGGUAAAAAAGUUAGAGGUCGACUCUACCCGUGGGGUGUAGUUGAAGUGGAGAAUACGGAACAUAAUGACUUCCUGAAGCUGAGGACCAUGUUAAUCACCCAUAUGCAGGAUCUUCAAGAGGUGACCCAGGAUCUUCACUAUGAGAACUUCCGCUCUGAGAGGCUCAAACGAGGUGGCAGGAAAAUAGAAGAUGAAGAAGUAAAUAAAGACCAGAUUCUGCUGGAAAAAGAAGCUGAACUUCGUCGCAUGCAGGAGAUGAUUGCAAGAAUGCAGGCGCAGAUGCAGAUGCAGAUGCAAAGUGGAGAAGGAGAUAGUAGUGCAGUUCAUGGACACCAUGUGUAAAGUCUUUGAUUACUUUAUACCCUGAUUUAAAGGAGACCUUCUGGAGUUGAAUUAUGCUAGUGUUACACCAGAAAAGAUGCCUUUUGCUCAACACAUGACUUGGAGUUUGCUUUAGAGUUUAUCAUGGAAAUGCAUUGUGGUAACUCUAGUGAUAUGUAUUUCAUAACAUGUAGUCAGUUGGUACUUUAUAUAUUAGACACAUUUGAUUUUGUUUUCAUUUAGUAAUUCUUAUAUUGAGCUUAUUUUCAAUUUCCCAUUGUAUUAGGGAUCCAAAAUAGACAUUGAAACUUUUCUAGGUUGGUAUGGUGUUAGAUAAUAUUUUUUUUAUUCUGGCUUAUUAGCUCCUUGCUUUUAAUUUCAUAUUACAUUUAGAAAUAAACAGCUGUCAGUGAUAUCUUAUUCAGUGGCAUGUAAUAGUCACCUCACUAAGAAUCCCUGCAAGGUUAAUUUUAUGGUUUUUCAGUGUUUACAGGUGUGUGUCUGUGAGACCAUCAGCUCUUUUUCUGUCUGCUCAGUGCAGAUGAUUUCCUUGGCCUCUGCAAGUAUCAAUUAAAAUUCAACCACACCUUGUGUCUUAGCAAAAGAAAUAAGAGGAAAUACCUCUUUAAGAUGCACACUGUAUUUUACAUGACAGGCAUCAUUUCCUUCAGAUUUAACUUUGAGGGAUAUAUUCUUUAUUGUUUGCCUAAAAUCUCUUACUCUAAUGCAGAAAAUUUUUAAGAGUUUCUUGUGGGUCAGCACAAAUCAAUCCUACUAUUUUCUAGCAUUACUGUAGCCAAAUACACUUGAAUAAUGCUGAUAUUGUUAAAUGAGGUAAACCCCAAAGAGUAGUUUUCUAUGUAUCUGAGUUUCCUAUAUCCAAAUGCAUAAGAAAUUCUAUCAUUCCUAAUGAGUAUUUUCAUACUAUUUUUAGGGCAUUGCAAACUGUUAAUUGUAAUAUAAAAUAUAUACUAGCACACUUCUCUUUUAAAAAAAAAAAAAAAAAAGUGCCUGACAGGAUCAAUGCAAAUGCUAUUCUAGGGUCUUGCUCCAAGAGGGAGUUAGCAGUAUUACUUUGAAAGUGACUGAUAAGUUACACUUUUUUUUUUAGGCCAAGGUCACUUUCCUUAACACUGGUAGUAAAGGAGACUUUUUUAGCUUGGCUGGACUUCUACUGCAUAUCACAUCUGGUAUUGUAUUUGCAGUACGUAAUAACAGCUACAUAGGUGAUAGCUGAUAAGUUAAGAAGUUGGUUUUUCUACUAAUUCUGAUAAAGCCAGCAAUCAGAUUUCCUGAUCUGAUCUGUUACAAAAUGUUGUUAUCUGAACAGCUAAUAAAUAGAUAGAUAUAAUUGCAACUUUUUUCUCUUCUUUGAGCUCAGGUGCAGCUGUAAUUUUUAUAAUUUUUUUUAGCGUUUCUUUGAAAAAAUUAAUAUGAUUUCUACAGCUAGUUUGUAAUUCCAGUGGUAUUUAGGUGGCUAGAUUAAAUAUAAACCUGCUAAACAACUGAAAUUUUUACCUGCCUGAAAUUACUGUUUAUUAAUUGCUGUGUAUUUGAAUCUUUCUAAAAAUACGAUAGCAUUUGCUAGGGAGCUCUAGUUUUCUUCUCAAAAGCAAUUACUGUCAAAGUUUUGCACAACUCGUUUGACCUUUCCUAACCUUGACAAAAGUGAAAGUGAGAACCUUUUUGUAUGUUGAGUUGCACAGAGGUGUUAAGUCCCAUUUUGUCAAAUACUUACACAUAAAAUUUAGAUGGAAAACCAUGCACUUCUAAAUUCUUGCCUUGCUUUUUGCAAAGAAUGCGUAGAAACAAAGUAAUGUGGCAGUAUUGUCAGAAAACACUCCACAACACCUUAUUUAUUUCUAAAUAUUUUGAUGUUUUUGUGAAUCAGUUGUUAUAAAGUUACCUAAAGAACUCACUAUAACCUUAAGUCAUCAAAUACUUUGUGAAAUCCUGUGCUAUUCUUCAGUUGCCACAAAUCUGUUUCUUUUUUUCUGGUAAAGCAGCAUUUGCUUGCUUUUAAGUUAUUUGUCUGGUGUCUCUGUUAAACGUUUUAAUACAGCGUGCUUCAGAUGCUGUCUGCUCUGCCAAGGAGAGCAACUCUGGGACAUCCAUGUUUCACCCAUAAGCUCAAUAGGGUGUGGUAAGCUGCAUUAGUACUAUGACCCAUACUUGAAGAAAAACUGUGAAAUCUAAAAUGUAUGCAGAGGGGGGACUGGCUGUAUGUGUAAUUCUCUCUGUGUAUGUUGGUUUGAUAGUUUUUUCCUGUAUUUUCUAACGUGGGAACAAAAGCAGAUUGUCCAUGCAUUUAGUGCUGUUUGGUCACUACCUGUGGAAUUAUUUUAAGCAAUGUCUUAUUCUUUGAAAUAUCAUGUAUCUAUUAAAAUAUUCAGGAUAAAAUAUUCUGUUUGAUUCUUAUGCAAAUAAUUUUUGAUUUACAAAUUCUAGCAGGAUAAAUAUUUUCAUAUGUUUUUUGUUGGGUUUUUUUAAAUAGGAAAAAACAAGUUUAUGGCACUUGCCAUUUUAAUUAAAUUACUUAAGACAGCUAGUUGCUGCUUCUUCCAAGUCUUUGGGGCAAUCAUUCAUGGUGUGCCUGAUGUCUCUGAAGGUCUGUUUCCCCUUCACUUUUCUUGUGAUGGUCUUCUAAUUAAUGGUUUAUGGUAAGACAUGAAAAGACUACCUUUCUCAGAUUCUGUUUCAGACAAAUUUAGCUACUGGUAGGGAAAGACUUGGAGGCAAAAGGUAGCUGUUGUCUGGUGGCUUGCUGAACUGGCCACAAUUCUUUUUCUGUUACAGCAUUGUAAUAGUUUUUAUUUUAGGAGUCAAAAUACUUUUGAAUUUGCAGAGUUUUAUAGUCAGUAGCAAAAAUUACUUGCUUUUGGUACACAAACCUGUUAUAUUCCGUUUUAUGUACUGCCAUUAGCCAAAACUAAUAAAAAUGCUAAAAUACACUCAUUUUUUAAAAUGAUUCUUUAUUAUAAUCAACCCCGUCAAUAUUAAUUUGUCUGUGGUGAUAUGUUUUAAAUAUAAAGGAGAAAUGCAGGUAUGGUUGAAAGAGAAGACGUUGAUGAACCUGCAUAAAAUAUGGUCAUUGAUAUUGUAUGCUCGAGUGCAUUGGUACAGUGCAUUUCCCUGUGGGUGUUCCCAGAGCUGCUGAAGUCCUGCCUAAUGGCAUCUUGCUUUUGCAGCAGCUCUCACCAAACUUACAUGUCCCUUAAUUAUUAUGCUAGCCAAGAAUUAAGCUACUUGUUGUUAGGUGGUGCUUUAAGUGUUAAGGGUCGUUGUAUUCCCCAGUGAAUCACACUUCAUCUCUGGACAGAGUGAAAGGAUGUUUGGUCUUUGUUCUAGAUAUUCCAAAAUAAUUUAGGGUUCAUCUUCUCUGUGAAAUAACUUCAAUGACCCCUAUGGCUGUUACAGAUUAAGAGUACCAGGCUGUGUCCUUGGUUUUGGAUUCUUGAGCCAACUGUUAAUAGCAGAGGAUUUUGCAGAAGUAUGUAAAAUUUGGAAUGAGUGCCCUGGUGUGGACAGCUCACUUUGGAUUGCUCUUUUGGGUUGCUUUGCAUUGCUGGGGGGCACACAUUGUGCAGUCAGACCACUCCACAGAAGUAAAACUUGUGCAUGUUGUGACCCUUCAUAGAUGGUUUUAAAGUAUAUUCAUGUUUCAUUUAUCUGAACUGCUUCGUGUGGAACCGGUACAUUAAAGGAAGAUUCGUCUUUAGGCUAUAGUGAGGGAAAAGGUAAGGAAGCAUCCUGAAUAUGUCAGACCUACUUUUUGAAGCGAGACUUUUUGUUUGUACUGAUUGAAAUUUUUUUUUUUUUUUUUUUUCAGAAUGGCAUCCUUUCUGUCAGGUGUAGAAGAUCACUUUCAUGGAAUUCUAAUCCAAUUCUGGAAAGGAGUGCUGGAAA